AUGAUAGAAGGUGAUAUUGUUAACAAUAGUAACAAAAAACAUAAAAAUGAUGGUAAUGAUGAUUACAGCCAUCGUAAAAUAUAUUUAAAAUUGCAUCAAGAAUAUCGGAUAUUACAUCUAUUAUAUCAUAGAAAUAAAAAUCAACACCACGUUGCAAUAUGGUGGAAAAGAUUCAACAUAUUGAAAAGAAGCUGUGGACAAGUUAUAGAAAUUCUACAGGAUAAGAAAAUUAAAGGAUCCAAAAAUUGGUUUAAACUGUAUAAUUUAAUCGAGAAUUUAAUUAAUAAACAAAUUAAUAAAAUAUAUUAUGAUUUUAAUGGUAUUAUUGCAUUGGGCCAGUUCGUGACAUUGGGUGUAGUUCUAAUAGGUUUACUAAGCAGAAUUUAUAACUGCUACAUUGAUAUUUUGGAAUUAUUUAAGGAUAAUUUUAUUAAAUAUGGUUGUAAAGCUAUUAUUACAAACAGUAGAAAUGAUAAUUUUAAUGAUAUGAAAUAUAAAGAAACAGAAAAAUUGUUAGAGUCUAUAACCAAUGAAGAAUUAGGUGAAAAUCUUAAAGAUAUGUCAGAUAAUGGAAAUAAAUUAAUGGAAAUAACAAAGGAUUAUCCAAUUUUAUCAAUUGAUGAUAUUAAUUUAUUAAAUAUUAAUAAAACUUCUAAUUCUAAUACUAAAGAUGGAAGAAUGUCUAAUAAAUCCAAAAAAAAGAAAAAAUCAAAACCAAAGUCCGCUAUUGAUGAUAUUUUCAGUUAA